UGAUGAGGUCUGACAUCAUGAAACAAAAGUCACAUAUUAGAACAAGUAAUACAAGAUAUCAAAGAGGAAAGAGACAAACUGGAAAUCACAAAGACUGAGCUACAAAAGAAGAAAGAACUUGCUGACAGCCAGUUUGAUAAGAUAAACCAAGAAAAACAACAAUUGUAUAAAAUAAAGACAACUACUGAAAGUGAGAGAGAAAGGUUUUUAAAUGAAAAUAAGAGGUUGCAAGGAGAACUGACAGAGCUGAAAAUAACAAAGGUCUGGCUCACCAGUAUAAUGAACUCCAUUCUAAGUCUCAGAACAAAACUCAAGGAGUUGAAUCAAAAGAGGCAUGAGGACUUUACAAAGAAAAUGGACAUAUUUGGACAGAAAUAUAACUACAUGCUCCAAUUAAACUUAACACUGGAACACAAGUGUGAUGAACUUCAUAAACAGAAAAACAAGGUCACUGGUUAUUAUGAUCUGAUGCAAAAAGAGAAGAAACAUAUGGUGACAAUAAUGUUUGACAAAGCGGUACAAAGCGAAGUUUUAAAGGAAUGGCUUCAGGAGCAUGAUGUUGAUGAACAGUAUUUAAAUAAAGCUAAAGAGUUUGAAUGUGAGAAUGGUGUUUUCCAACCCGAUGCCAUGAUCCACACUGAAGAAUUUAAACAUCUAUGGAAGUUAGAGGGAGAUAAACAUGAUCUUGAAAGAAAAGCUAAAUACUUUAAAACUAAGAGGAAAGGUCUGCUGCUAAUGGUGGCAGAGGAUGAAUUGAAAAAUAAACAGAAGAUGUUCAAGCCGGCUCCAGAGCCAGAUUUUACAGACGAGAAAAUGUCAAGAAUAGAUUGCUUGCGAAAGAUCUGGAAGGAUACUAAAAUGGAGCGGAAGGAGAUCAAUCAGAUGAAUUGCAUGAACCAUGAGAUGAAAAACAACCUAGAGAAAAAACUCAAGGUGAUCAAUCAGUUUGUUAAGAGAACAUGGUUACCGAAAGAAAAGGAACUACUGGAGAAUAAGUUAAAACAAGGAAUAAGUAAAGACAUGACAUCCCAAAUUGAUUGCAAGCGAGACAACACUACACUGGAUAAAAACAGAGAGAUCCAACAAUUUAAAGUUCAGAUGCUCAGUGAGAAUGAAAAACUGUGUAGAACACUGACAAGUAUUGAUGAAGCUAAUCAAACAUUCAAGAUUGAUAUAACACCAAGGGAUGGAACAAUUCAAGUAAAACAACAGACUUAUCAAGAGAAGAUGAAGGUAGAAGAAACAUAUUCAGCUCCAGAGACAUCCAGCGGACUCCUUUGUCAUCUCCGGCAUUAUUGCUAUCGAUGCUGCUGCCCUUGCUGUCCCUGCUGCAAGCAAGACUGCCAGGAGGAGAACUGAGAGACAGGUCUAUGUCACUGUCAUUACAAAUAUGAAUGUUUCUGGCAUACAUUUGAAAUACAGUAUUUCUAUUUUCCUAAACAAGUAUUUUUCUUAAUCACUUGUAAUCCAAAGAUAACAACUUAACAUUUAAUUUAAGUUCAGGAAGUACGUACUGUAUUUCAUUGUCUGCAAACGGUUUCUUUUUGGAAGUCCAGAUAGGUGAAAGAUUUAAAUUUACCAGCUGGAUGUUUUCUUAUAUAGUAGAGUUGUUUAAGUGAAUUCAAACUACUUUUUUGACACUUUUUUAAACCAUUAUGAGUACUAACAAAAAGUUAUACAGUAAGUCCAAAUGUGAAGGUAUUCAUGCAGAGUGCAAAAUGUGUGAGGCUUGUGUGUCUUGAAAGUGCCUUGCCUUACUGGGUAUUGCACCAUGUUUGUUUGCAUAUGUCAUAUAUUUCAAUCAGGAGAGACAAGUAGGCUAUGUGAAGUAAUGAUGUAUGUUUAUUAUAACGGAUGUUGUGUGAUAAUAAUGUCUUGGCAGAAAGUCGCAGAUAGAUUCUACACGAAGAAUUGUAAUCGAGCAGCAGCAAGAUAAAUCCCUCCAUGGAGUCUUAAAAAUUGGUGGAGGUUGUGGCUGAUGAUUCUGAUUAGACUGAUUGGCUGAAGAGGCUGAUGGAACUGAUGAAUCUGUGAAGAUCAUGUUGAGGAGUGCUGUGACACUCAACAACCGAAGGAAAUAACUAAACAGCCGUGAACUCACCAGGCUUAUAAUGGUAGCAUAAACUUACUAAAGGCAUAUUGAGAAUCAUAUUUAAGCAGAGGCAGCAGCAGAAUGAUAGACUUAUAGGCAAUGUAGGUGCGUCAGUGCAUAAGCAAGCAUGGGAGGAGUGCAUGAGAGGAGUGAAUGACAGGAUGCACAAAAGAUAAAACCUUCAGACCUAAACAUGCAAAAGGAUCGUGUUCCUGACUGAAAUUAUGCUAUAGCUCCAAGCUUCAUUUAUUGGUUGACAAAGUAAGAUUUGGAAGUUUACUUAAACAACAUUAAGAGUGAGGGCAUUAUUUGAAAAAAAUAAAAAAAAAUAAAAAAAAUACAUUUCACAACAUAUGAACAUAUCCCCCUUCCCCUUUGUCAUCACCACCCACCCAAACAAAAAUCAAAAAAGAUGACACAGUGACGACAACAUUCAAGACUAUACUACUAAAUAAGAAAUAAAAAAACUAUUGAGCAAAUAAACAUGUAUAAAUGUUAUAAAUGACAACACAAGUCAACACUCUCUCCCCAGGACAAAGCUUCGUAGGAGCCCUACAGAAAUCUCAGAUACUUUCCCCAUUUUUUAGUGUUUACAUCCAAUCCAAAUCUUGCAAAACAUUUGGAUGACAUUUUAUUUCAAAUGCCACCAACCUAGCAGUGUAAUAUUUAGAUCCAUUUCCCAUGUCAUCUUGAGGGCUGACCAGGUUCUACAUAAAUACAGAAUAAUACCCAGAGGACUCAUGACCUUUUCCAUUUUUCAACAACAACUUAUCUAAACAUUCUGGUGCCUUCAGGGCUGAAGAACUCAAUCCCCACCAACAAAUGGCAAAGUUGAAUAUCUAAAAAUUGCUACCAUGACACAAUAUGCCACCAUGAUACAGAUUCUUCAGUGUAACAACUCCCUUUACCAACCAAUCCC